UCCACUGUUCUCUGCAGCAGAAGACCCCCUGGUGCCAGGAUAGGAUGUGCAAUUACUUAUCCUACAAAGUUGACAUAUGCAUAUGUGAACAAGUAAGAUGCCUGUCUGUGUUGCUGCACAACGACUUUUCCUCCUUACUUUUCCAGCUAUGAAUACACGAUCCAUCUCUGUCUUCUCACCUACUGCUUUUGCGGACUUGACCUUGUCCGAUGGACUGAUUCCUGUCUCCUUCGGCUUUGGUGACUUCGGCUUGGCUGGUCCCCACAGAGUGCUGCCUGUAACUGACACACCUGCCUCUUCCAGCUAUGCUCUGCUGAGAAACGGGAGGAAGAAAAACCAUAAUGUGGCUUACCUUUCACCUGGAAAGGUGAAUUCAACUUGUUGAAAGAGAUGGCCGACAAAAGUGGAAAAAUUCUUCCAGGUCCAUUAUACAUUGAAGUUGAAUAUGACUACGAGUAUGAAGCAAAGGAUAAAAGGAUUGUGAUAAAACAAGGAGAACGAUACAUCUUAGUGAAAAAGACUAACGAUGACUGGUGGCAGGUCAAAAAGGAUGAAAAUUCCAAGCCCUUUUAUGUGCCAGCACAGUAUGUGAAAGAAGUAACUCGCAAAGCACUAAUGCCACCCAUUAAGCAACCAGGUGGACUGCCAAACAGUUCUCUCAAACUUACCCAUGGGUUACAGAGGUCAACAGAAAAUGUGAAUAAAUCUCCAGAGCUUUCUAGUUUUGGAAAACUGUCUCCAGUUCAAGUGUGUGGCCUAGUUCGGGAUGCCAAUCAGAAUCUGGGACCAAACAGUAAUCCAGGUCAGACUACUGGCUUGAGCCUGGACCUUGCCCAAAGUAAUGGAAAAUUUAAUGAAUUCCAGUUUCCUAAAGUUACCAAUCAGAACAGGACCUUCUCUGUAUCUCAUUUUCCUUGUUCGGAUUGUAUGGAAAUAGAAAAGACCAGCUUUUUACAAGAGCAAUCCUGUGAUUCAGCAGGAGAAGGGUCAGAAAAAAUCCACCAGGAUUCAGAAUCUGGAGAUGAACUCAGCAGCAGUUCCACAGAACAAAUGCAGCCAACCACUCCACCAAGCCAAGGAAGACCAGAUUCACCAGUUUAUGCUAAUUUGCAAGAACUGAAAAUAUCUCAAUCUGCACUCCCACCUUUACCUGUAAGUCCUCCAAUCCAAAUUAAUGGAGAGUGGGAAACCCAUAAAGAUACUACAGGACGCUGUUACUAUUACAACAAGGGAACACAGGAGAGAACCUGGAAACCCCCACGGUGGACUCGGGAUCCAACCAUGAGCAGAGAUUCCCUAAAUCAAGUAGAUCAAGAGACUCUUUCAUCACAAGAAAACUCCCACAGUUCUUGUAACAGCCAGUCAGAUAGUCAGUAUGGUUCUCCUCCCCAAGGGUGGUCAGAAGAAUUGGAUGAACAUGGUCAAACGCUAUAUACCAGUGACUAUACUAAUGAAAAGUGGAUAAAGCAUGUAGAUGAACAAGGUCGACCUUACUACUACAAUGCAGAUGGAUCACGAUCAGAAUGGAUGCUGCCAAAAUAUAAUGCUUCACCACAACAGCAAAGGGAGAUAACUAAAAGCAGGAGCUUGGACAGGAGACUGCAGGAACCAAUAGUUUUGACAAAGUGGAGGCACAGCUCAAUUGUACUGGACACCAAUGACAAGCUGCCCGCUAAUUCUUCUGAACAUCUCUUGCCUAAUCCUGCCUACUUGUUCCCAUCACAUCACGAGCAAGAUACACCAGUUGCCUCAAAGACCACCUUUUCUGAAAAUGAGUCCUCUCCUUCCUCACCAAAGCAUCAAGCCACAGACCAAGAGAAGUAUGGAUUAUUAAAUGUAACAAAAAUUACAGAAAAUGGCAAGAAAGUGCGAAAGAACUGGAUGUCGUCAUGGGCUGUAUUACAGGGUCCCUCAUUAUUGUUUACCAAGACUCAAGGAGGCGGGACUAGUUGGAAGUUUGGUGUCAACCAGUCUAAGCCAGAGUUUACAGUGGAUCUCAGAGGUGCAUGUAUUGAUUGGGCUUCAAAGGAGAAAUCUAGCAAGAAGAAUGUGAUUGAGCUGAAAACGCGGCAAGGAAUUGAAUUGUUAAUUCAAUCGGAUAAUGACAUUUCUGUUAAUGAAUGGUUUAAAGUUCUUAAUUGCACCAUCAGUAAUCAGACGAUAGAGUCUGAUGAAGCAUUAGACGAUGAUGUGCCAGAUUCUCCUGGGGUGGAAAAACAGGACAAAGAAAAGGACCACAAAGAAUCAAAAAAACUUCGCUCAAUAAAAAUAUCUAGCAGCAUCGAUUCUUCAGAACAGAAAAAGACCAAAACAAAACUGAAGAAAUUUUUGACUCGUAGACCCACAUUGCAAGCAGUCCGUGAAAAAGGCUACAUAAAGGAUCAAGUAUUUGGUUGUAAUCUAGCCAACUUGUGUCAAAGAGAAAGCAGCACUGUGCCAAAAUUUGUGAAACUGUGUAUUGAGCAUGUUGAAGAACAUGGAUUGGAUGUUGAUGGGUUGUACAGAGUUAGCGGCAAUCUUGCAGUAAUACAGAAGCUAAGAUUUGCAGUUAAUCAUGAUGAAAAACUGGACUUGAAUGAUAGCAAAUGGGAAGAUAUCCAUGUUAUCACAGGAGCUCUAAAAAUGUUUUUCAGAGAACUGCCAGAGCCACUGUUCACUUACAAUCAUUUUAAUGACUUUGUCAAUGCAAUAAAACAAGAGCCCAGACAGCGUGUUCAUGCUGUAAGAGAGCUGAUUAAACAGUUGCCAAAGCCAAAUCAGGAUACCAUGCAGGUGCUCUUCAAACACCUCAAGAGAAUUGUAGAAAACGGAGAGAAGAACCGGAUGACUUAUCAAAGCAUAGCAAUAGUAUUUGGUCCGACCUUGUUAAAGCCAGAAAAAGAGACUGGAAACAUAGCCAUUCACACAGUGUAUCAGAACCAGAUUGUAGAAUUAAUCCUAUUGGAACUGAACUCCAUCUUUGGACGCUGAAUUUAUCCAAAUGAAUCUAGCCUUAGUGGGACAACAACUGGACACUGCAUCUGCCAACAACUGGCAGAAACUGCAUCACUCUUGUACAUGACGUAUUUGUGGACCAAGCAACAACUUGAUGUUUUUGCACUUUUGUGGGAGAGGGAAGAGUGUGUGAUUUGUUUAGCUGCGUUUUUGUAGAUGCUGUUAAAACAUUGAAUUUCUUUACAAUUCACUUAAUAUUGUGAAUAUUUCAAGGUUUCAUUUUUAGUAACACACAAACUGCACAUCUAGUAUAAAGUGAUACAAUGGAUUCCAACAUGAGAGAAGCUAAAUCUAAAUCUUGGUCUGGAAAAUCUGCAAUUGCUUUUCAAUGUUGAUUUUUAAUUUUAGGUCCACCACUGUUGUGAGGGAAAGCAAGUCCCCAUCAACUGACUUUGAAAACCUCCUUGGGCAUUUUUUAGUGAAGAAUUAUAUUAUAUGCUUAAGUUAAACUUUAAGAUCAUUCCUGGGCCCUGUCUCCUGGGCUUCUGCAUUCAUUUGACAGGCUUACACAAAUGCUAACAGUGGCCAGUGUACAUUCCUCAUGUGAGGUUUGCUCUUUUUUUCUUUUUGUAUUGCUUUAACUUUGUUGAACAGAUUCUGUGCUGGCUCUCUUGGAUGCUUGACAGAAUAGCACACUAGUAUUACUUCAAAUACUGAACUGGUACGUAUAUCCCAAGGAUAUACCAUAGUCUGUGAUGAACCAGAGCUUUCAAUUAAUAAAGUUCAUUUCUUUCAGGGUAUUUUUUUGGGCUAUACUUUGAACAAAACUAAAUUGCACCUAACAAUGCUAACUAAAGGUUGAUUUUAGUGCUGUACUGAAUUCUUCAUAUGAACCUGUGAUAGUGAAAUUGUAUGUAAAUAUGGACUGAAGCCCUAACUGGUUUUUAAAAAUCUAUAUACAUAUAAUGUUGUAUAGCCUCAAACUUCCUUCUAGUCAUACAUAUCUAAUCAUGCGUAGAUUUGUAAGUGCUAUUUUAUUGCCCCCAGCAGAUGUCUGGGUUUAAAACAGGCUACUUGGGAUAACUGUGUGCACUUUUAAAUGCUAAUUACAUCUGCAUGCAAACAAAUGCAAUGCAAAUGGUACUGGAAAAAUACAGUGUGCUUGCUUACAUGGUUAAUGCACUACAAGCAGAACCUCUGAUGUUUAAUAUGUACAGGAUAUACAUUAGAAAAAUGUAUUACAUUCUAACAUAUAAAUAGCAAAAGCAUAUGUUUGAAUAGAUGGAUGUCUGGAUAUAAUGAAAAUGCUAAAUUUCAGGAUUCCUUUUUACAUUAAUAAUGUAGAUGGAUUUGUAAAAUAGGUUCCAGAAGAUUUUGUUACAGGAGAUGUGGUCUGUGGAAGACUUUUUAAAAUGUAUUUUUCUAGACUAACUGCUGUACCUGACAUUUGCUAUGUUGAAUCUGAAUAAAGAAAACUGUUAGCUGUU